AUAGGUAUACCUCACUCUUACGUAACAUAACAGAUUCGAAUUCAAACUUUUCAUUCUCCCACAUUUAUAUGCUUCUUUAACCGUUGGAGUCCCAGGGGGUAUUGAAAAAACACUGUUGAAGAAUCCCAAACAACGCAACCGUGCUUUCUCUAAAUGAAUACGAGAAGAGCCAGGCGGCACGAUAGCGCUUCUUUUAUUUUAUGUCGAUAAAUCCCAAGCGACGCGAUAGCGCUUCUUUUAUUUUAUGUUGAUAAAUCUUAAGCGGCACGAUAAUGCUUCGUUUAUUUUAUGUCAAUGAAUCCCAAUCGGCGCGAUAGUGCUUGUAUAUUAUGUCUGCACAUAUAAGAUGUGUUAGGUAACGUGAUUCUCAUCUUUUUCACAUUGUUCCGUCACAUUUAUUGUAGUUGGUAAAGUGAUCGGACGUAUUUUUCCAUAAGAGUUUCUUAUUGCUAAUAAUUGUGAUUCAAAAUGAUUAGACGAAGUAACGCAAAAAGUAAGUAAAAAAUUAAUCUAGAUUUAUUGGUUAACUUCUUUAAAUUUGGUGUAUUCCCAAAAAUGUACAAUGAAUCGAAAAAGAAAAUCUAUGGGCAUUAUCACAAAUCCAUGUGAUCAUGUUAUUGACGGUGAUGACAACUACAUUUUUCCUGUAAAGGGUAAAAGACAAUGCAUUUUGAGUACUUCGGAGAAUAGUGAUUGUGAUUUAUCGCAUCAAUAUCCACUGAACAGUCCACGAAACGGUGAAGACGUUUUUACUCAAUGUUAUUCUCUCGAGCAUAACGAAGAAUAUGGUUCACGAUGUAACUUCUCUAGCCAGAGUAAACCCAUCGAAUACUUUGAACUAUUUUUUGAUUCAACACUAUGGUCACUAAUAGUUGAAGAAACCAAUAAAUAUGCAGAUUAUUCAAAGUAUUUACCUAGAGAAUUAGAAUCAUUUGAAACAGAGAUUUGGACACCAGUUACUAUGUUAGAAAUGAAAGCAUUUAUAGCAGUGCUGCUGGAAAUGGGAAUUACAAAAAAACCCAAUAUACGUUUGUAUUGGUCCAAAAAUCCAUGUAACAUACCGUGGCUCCGAAGAAUGUUCUCUCGAAAUAGAUUUCAACAAAUUUUGAAAUAUUUUCAUUUAAUUGAUAACUCUUUAUGUUUUUCACCUAGUCACGAGAAAUACGAUCCCUGUACAAAAUUUAAGCCACUUGUUAAACACGCUAACAGAGUAUUCACAUUACAUUAUAAACCACAUAAAGAAUUAUCAAUUGAUGAGUCGUUAGUUGGGACGCUGUGUUAUUCUAGCAUAACGCAAUACUAGCCAAAUAAAAACUAUCAUCGUCGGGGUAUAAAAUUCUGGAUGCUGUGUGAUUCAGUUUCAAAAUAUUGUUUGACGUUCUUUUGCUAUAAAGAUGCAAAAGAAACAACUACUAGCGAUAGAAAAAAGUUUGGAUUUGGAUAUGAUGUUGUGUUAAAUUUAUUAAAAGAUAGUAAUUGUUUGAAUAAGGGGCAUCACAUUUUUGUCGACAACUUUUUUACUAGCGUUGAAUUAGCUAGAUAUUUAUAUUCUAUGGAUACCUAUUUAACUGGAACUAUUAGAAGAAAUAAAAAAUGUAUUCCCGAUAACUUGAAAGAAGCUAAUAUAAAUGAGGUAAAAUAUUUUCGAAACAAUGAAAUAUUGUUCUGUGCGUAUCGCGAAAAAAAAGUGUACAAAAUCCUAUAUUAUUAAUUUCAACGAAAGCAGAAGAGCAAAAUGUGACAAAAAAAAAUCGACAUGGCAGAGACAUACGUUUGACAAAACCCGCUAUUAUUCAAUCUUACAAUGCCUUCAUGGGUGGUGUCGAUGAAUCGGAUAAAAUGCUGUAUACCUGUCUUAAUGAACGAAGAUCAGUUAAAUAUUGGAAAAAGAUAGCCUUUAACAUAAUCUGCCGGAUGGUUUUAAAUGCAUAUAUAAUCUACAAGGAAAGAGUUAAGAGUAAAGUAAUGAAUCGGUUAGAUUUUAUUUCGAAUAUUAUUUUUGAAAUUGAGUGUGAGUGGAUGAACGAAAAGAAAGCACCUGGUUAUGUAAAGGAAAAAACAUUUGGUUUAGUAAAGUUGCCAUGACGUAACUUACGACAAUGCGUAGUCUGCAGUACCAAAAAUGUAAUAAAAAGAUUACAUUUAAUUUGUAUGCAAUGUAAAAAAGGAAUUCAUUCAAUAUAUUUUGAUAAACACCGAUGUUACAAAUUAUAAGUAUUACUCUCUAUUUAAAUUGUUUGUUCAUAACACAAAAAUAUUUUUAAUUUGUAAUUCGUUAUUUUAUGAAAUACAUUUGUAUUAUUACAUAUGCGUACUGUAAGUUUAUAAAUAUUUCAAGUUUUGUUCGAUAAAAAUUAUUGAGAAGAUAAUAAUGAAAUACAAAAUGUUUUAUUUUGUAAUGUAUUAUUACACUAUUAUUAUAGUAUUUAUAAUAAUAGUGCAAUAAUACUGUUACACAACAAACAAUUUAUGUAUUGCCAAAAAUUAUUCUCAUUAAUAUAAUACUGUCUACAGAUAUAAUGUACUAAUUAAAAAUACUUUAUAAUGCAUUAAACAAAAUUUAUAUAAGAAACACGAAAAUUUGAAAGUCAACAAAAUAUUUAUACACAUUAUUCUACUGCUAAAUCGUCGUAAUAAACGCAUAUAUCGUCGUAAUACCGACCAAAACAUAAAAAAAUACUUUUUGAUAUAGAGAUCAUAAAGGAUAUAGUCUUUUCACGGUGGCAGUAUUUCGUUAAAGUUCAUAAAGAAAGCACGACAAUGAAAAAAAAAAGAAACAUCCGUAUCUGUACGCCAUUACGUUACUUUUCUUCGGAAACGUGAAGAAAGAUAUCGAAAAGAUAGGAAAACUUAAAAUUUAUCUUUUGCAGCAGUGCAGUACAUUGUUUCAAAAUAUAAAAAUAGUAGAACUACUGAAAAUAUAUUACGAUCAGGUCGACCGAAAAUAUUAUCAUUUAAAAAGCAUCGAAGUGUUAUUCGAGAAAUUUUAAAAAUUCCUUUUACAAGUUCUAGAACAUUAUUUUGUGUUCUUCUUAUUCUUCCCAUAUUCUCGCGUAUAAAUCAAUGAUGAAUCCAUCCCUUCGACGAUACAUCGGAUUCAUCCGAUUGCAGACGAAUCUAUCCCUCGAUGAUUCCUCUAUUCUCCUUCGAUGAUCCCUGGAAUAGAAAAGAUAGAAAAAGAGUCGAAGAAAGAAAAGAAAAGGAAGUCGAAAAAAGCGCCGAAAUCGAGCUCGAUUUUUCCGUAUUGAAAGAAAUCCGAGAAUCCGCACUGAAUAAGCCUUCCUAAAGGCUCCCACCCAAGAGCUCUACACAAUGCUGAGAUAACAGACCGCACAAAGGAUCAUACUCAUGGGUUCAAAACUUAUAAAUAAUAAUUAAUAAAAAUAAAUAAGAAUAAAUAGGAAUAACAUCGAACAUAAAUACGAUAGAAAAGUUUUCUUUACGUUUCUCUAAGAAAUUCUAUUCUUAGAAUUCUAAAGAAAUUCUUUAGAAUUCUAUUAUAUUUAAUCAUUUAUCUAUUGAAAUAUUAAUAUAAAAACUUAAUAUAAAAUACGAACAAUAUAAAAUGUACUUUAACGUUUAGAUAAAAUUAGAAAGAAAAGAUUUUCAAAAAGUAUUGAAAUAUGCAGCCAUUCGCUCAGUAAUACUUUUAUCCUAUAAGAUUUAGAUACAGUAAAACCUGGUUUUGUGCGGUCCUUUUUUAUGCGAUUUUAUUUUUGUGCAAUUGGUUUUGUGCGAUUUUAUUUUUGUGCGAUUUUAUUUUUAUGCGAUUUUUUUCGUGCGAUUUAUUUUUAUGCGGUAUAUGAAUCUUAGCGGCGUUAGCACCAGUUUAAUGUUUCUUAUCAAUGUACAUAUACAUGUUGUGGACGAACUCUGAUUACGUGGUAAUAUAUGCAGGGAUCCAGAUUUCUAAAAAAUUGGAAACGCAUUUUCAUAAAAUAGAUACCAAUGCGGAAAGACGCUUAAAAUUCCAAAAAGAGUUGAUGCAUGUCUCGCUAUCGUGACGUUUACAAGUAAUUGACUAGUCGACCAUCGUCACAAAAGCUGAUCACUGACUUUAUGGUACCAAAAAACAAAUCAAUUGAAAUCCUAUCUUCAAGCGACGAAAGCGAUUUUGAACCAAUUCAUCACAAGAAGAUGCGCGUUUUUGAUUACGACGAGUAGCACCAAACUAUUUAAUGUAUAAUUUGAAAACUUCUCCAUGUAUAUAUACAAUGAAGAAUUAAAUAUUUUUACAAUUUCUUCAGGUCUAAUUUAAUUAUUUAAUUUAAUUGAAAGCAUUCUCUCAUAUAUUUCAUAAAUCAUUGAUGUAUUUUCUAAGUCCAACUUUUUUUAUGCGGUCCACCGCAUAAAAAAAAUUUUAGGUAGUAUAUCGUACAAAGUUGUUUAUUAUAUGUAAGAAUUUAUAAAAUUUCCGAAUAUUUUUUGUACGAUUUCUUUUAUGCGGUCCCUAUCCACCGCACAAAAACAGGUUUUACUGUAUAUCGCAAAUAUUAUCGAUCCAGGUCUCAUCACUAUAAGAUUGCUGCAUCUGGAUAUUUACAGGUAGACGAGUAAUCUACUCUAAAAUCCGCGUUCCUGUGGUGAUAUGAGUUUAGCAAGAAUUCAACUCUUAAUUAAAUAACAGUAAAAUAACUUUUUUUUUUUAAUUAUUUUCUUCGGAGUUGGCAAUUUAUGUUUGUCAAAAGAUAAAAUUGAAUUUAUUUUAUAUUGAUCGUGUCUUACGAUUUUUGUUAUGUUGCUAAGAAUGUCUUAUUAUUUAAAUAUUGUUUAGUUAUACUUCAUGUAUCUCGGUCAUUGUUUAAAUAUUAGUAAAAUAAUUUUAUUUUUUAAUUAUUCCCUCUCAAGGAAUUCAUCUUUAUUCAGUGCACUUUUAGUGAUUUCCAUAAUUGCUAUAUCUUAUAUUCGUGACUAUGGCUUUAAACAUAAUAGAAAUAAGAAAUAUAAUACUUAUGAAAGAUAAAAGUAUGAAUUUAAUUUAACUUUAAAAAAAAGAUAAAGUAAAAAAUAUAUGAAAUAUGAUUUUAAUAAUAAAAAUGCAAAAUAUCAAAUAAUCCUAAUCGCGUAUGCGAGCAAAAUAAGAUCUUAGCAGACUUAUUUGUGUACUUAUUUCAGCUUCCUAUGCAUAUUAGUUCAAUACAAUUUUAGUGGUCUCCACAAUUGCCAUCUCUUAUACGUUUCAUAGAUAUAUGACUUUAAU